AGGAAGAGGAAGAAUCAUGUAGUCGGUCUGAGAUGGAUUUUACUGUGUGUAAUGGCUCUGUGUUUUAACCUUCAGUUUCGAGUGACGUUUGACUGGAAAGCUGUAACUAUAUUUUAGAGUUUGUUGUUUUUCUUAAAUGUUGUGUUCUUAGUAGCAUGGCGGCCUUGAUCCGCUUUCUGAGCAAACGUCGUACCCGACGACCGCAGCAGCAAGAUGUGGGUCAACAACACCAACAUGCAAGUGUCAAGAAGAAGAAUGCUAUCGUUUGCACCAUAAUGCUUCUGGAUGGUACUGAUAUAACUGUGGAUGUUCAAAAAACUGCAGACGGCAGUGCUCUGAUUGAGCAGGUGUUCUAUUAUCUUGACAUCAUAGAGAAGGAUUACUUUGGUCUACAGUAUACAGAUCAUUUCAAUGUCAAUCACUGGCUUGAUCCCACGAAGCAAGUAAAGAAACAAGUAAAAAUCGGGCCCCCGUACACUUUCCGCUUUCGAGUGAAAUUUUAUUCGUCAGAGCCAAACAACCUUCAUGAAGAGCUGACAAGGUAUCAGUUCUUCCUUCAGUUAAAGCAGGAUAUUUACUCAGGUCGCCUUCCCUGUCCAUAUGAGACGUUAAUUGAACUGUGUGGUCUUGCUCUGCAAUCUGAGCUUGGUGAUUAUGAGCCGGACGUGCACUCCCCGGGGACCGUGUCUGAGUUCAGGUUUGUCCCAAACCAGACGGAGCAGAUGGAGCUGGACAUUUUCGAAAAGUACAAAGAUUACUAUGGUCAGACACCAGCCCUUGCAGAGCUGCAGUUUUUGCACAAGGCCAAGUGGCUGGAACUGUACGGUGUCGACAUGCACACUGUGAUGGGCAGAGAUGGUAACUCCUACAGUCUUGGUCUGACUCCUACUGGAAUUCUGGUUUUCGAGGGCUCGCAGAAGAUUGGGUUGUUUUUCUGGCCAAAGAUGACUAAACUUGAUUUCAAAGGCAAAAAGCUUAUGCUUGUUGCGGUGGAAGAUGACGAUACGGGUCAGAGCCAGGACCACUCGUUUCAGUUUCACUGCACCACCAAGAAAGCUUGCAAGCAUUUGUGGAAGUGUGCGGUGGAACAUCAUGCCUUUUUCCGUCUCAAAGGACCUGUGAAGGGAAGCACUGGGAGGCAGAACUUUUUCAGGAUGGGCUCGCGGUUUAGGUAUAGUGGCCGGACCGAAUACCAAACAGCAACGAUGAACAGAGCACGGAGGAGCGUAAAAUUUGAGCGAAAACCUAGUCACAGAUAUUCACGGAGGCCCACAUUUGAGCGGAAAGAGAGAGAGGAAAGGAUGAAGAAAGAUGCAGACAGGAAGAAAAGGCUUGAGGAGGACAGGGACAGACGAGCAGCUAUUGCGGCCACUAAAGCAUCGGUGGAAACUACGUUUGACGCCCUGCCAGACAGUGCGCGGGCGUCGGUCAACAGCAACUCGACCACGGCCACAGCACAGUCCAGUGUGAGAGCUCCUGACAGUCCUCCAGUUCGUCCCCCGAAGCCCACUGCGAGGAAAAAUCUCAAAUCUAAUUCCACAUCCUCUGAGUUGCCUGAUACUGGCUCCAGCUCAUCCAAGCCUUCAGGCUCAGCUUUGGACAGACUUGACACGCUCAUUAAGUCGGCUGCGCUGGAAAAGGGAUCGGGCGGAUCGGGCGAGGGGCCCGUCUCUACCCCCAACGGGCGCAAGUCCUCUGUUGAAGACAAUAACAUCAAUCUGAGAGACGAAAGUGAGAAAGCAAUAGCAAAAAUGAAGAACUUGGAUGAAUCUGUUCCUGUCCCAGUGAAACGGAAAGAUGUCAACACUUUCCAAAACAACCAAGUGAAAUUCACAGGAGGGGCUUCCAGUAUCCCUCCAGAGAGCUUGAAAUGUAAUAUCCUCAAAGCCAAAAUGGAAGAAGAUCAUCUGAAAGGGGGCAACGCUGAUGAGCCAGCUGCAGAGAGAGAGAGAAGUGAAAAUAAUAGCGAAGAUGAUUCUGAGCCCUCUGAAAGGGCUGAGAAGAAUAAACAUCACAAUGUCAGCAGUGAUAGUGAUGAAGAGGAAGACAUGAAAAACGAAAGUUAUGGGAGUAACAUACCUCGGCCCAGAAAGGAACGAGGGUCAUCAAGAACCUCAAAUCAUUCUGCGAAUAAUGGACAUGACAGUCUUCCCCGCAAAACAAGUGGAUCCAGCCAGGCAGACACCAGUUUUGAAAUCAGCUCUAGAAACUCGUCUGGUCGCGGGGUUUCAGAGACGGGCAGUAUCGACAGAAAAACUCGCUAUGGCGUCAACAAUGUUGGAAGCAUUGACAGAAAGGGUCGAGUCACCAGCAUUGAUGAACCUUACAGUGGAGAGAGAAGACUCCCGGCCCGCAAAGCACCACCACCCCCGCCACAUUCUGAAAACUAUAUGGGCAGCAUCGAUCGAAAAGCUGCCCCCCGUCAUCAUCAUUCUUCCUCGCAUAACCAAAGUUUCGAUGCAGCAGAACUGAGGCAUCGGAUCUCCAGCCAGACUAGCGAUGUGUUCUUGCCUGCAGUUCCUAACAAAGUGUCUGGAAUCCCACAGGAGAGAGCACCACGGUCACCGACUUCCCCGGAUGCCCCCAACUCCCCUAACACAUCACCCCCCAGAGGUGCUAGGCCCGACAGUACCUCACUGACUUUUCCGAGUCGUGGGAAGAGACCUGAGCUGCCUCCCCGGCGCCCGGAGUCUCCGGCUGUCCCUCCCAAGCCUAGCUCUGUGAUCAGCAGUGGGGACCAGGAGAUUAUGAUAGACAGCGGCCCCAAAGUCCCAGACUCAAAACUUCUUAAUCCAUUCUUACCCGAGCGCCCGGCCAACCCUCCCCCUUUAAGUGCUGCUAAGACCAGUUCACUUAGGCUUAAAGGAGCGAAAGCGACUGAAAUAGCGAAAAUUGUCAAUGCUGAAGUUAAUGAGAAUAUUGAAGAGCCACCUCCCAAACCUCCAAGGUCUUUGAACCCUUUUCUCUCGGGCUCAGAAGAUGAGGAAGAGGGUGAUGCUGAUCUUGACAGCACAAACCCGUUUGCCGGAGAUGAGGAUGAUGAGGAGGAGGAGGAUGUUGAAUCUGAGGAGAAGAGCAAUACCCAUGACACAGACAAGCCUUCAAAGCCUCCAGCUCCUGCCCCUCGGUUUUACGCCUCUGGGGGACUUUUGCCGCCUGCUGAACCCUCUGGAAGACGCUCACCCAGUUCUAAGAAAGCUCGACCGGCUCCCCUCCCGCCAUCCCCGUUGCCGCGUGCAGAAAGCUCUAAAGAUGCCAGUGGCAGUGAAGAGGUCAAGACUAGCCCUGGUAACAAGGCCAGUGUUACCGUCGUCGAAACGUCUUUCACUCGCACAGAGCCAGUCACCCGCAAGACAUCGGCGGCCGCCUCGGCCAAGACAACAGCUGUGAGCCAGGUGAUCACCAUCGACAGGUCACGGCCAGAGAGCGCUACUUCUCGCCAUAACUCGAGCAACUCACAGAUUUCUCCCUGGAUGGUCUCCGACAAGAAGGUGGAACGUAAAGUGACUCUCAUGACAGAAUUGUGAAGCCAAUUGUUAUAAAUAAUAGUUAUUGCUGGCUGUUUUAUUGUAAUGGGUGAUUGGUCCAGGUUGUGGUUGUGGUGAUGAGAUCUGCUGAACUGGUGUGUGAAUUUCUGUCUGGACCUGGGGUGGCCAAACUUUAACCGACACAAGCCUCAUCAGAGUCCGUGAUGUGCUGAGAGAAUAUGUGUAUACACAUUCUUACACAGGCAUACAGACAUGUGGGCACAUACACACAAGCACAUACACAUGCACAUAGACACACACACGCACACAUACAUGUAUGCAUGCACACUCGCACUCGCUCAUAUUAAUGCAGUAGCAUCCACAAAAAAACCCUGUUUUCAGGAGUCUGUAUAAAUGUUGAAUGUAAGACGAACAAAUAAGACUAUUGUCAGAAUAGGACUUAUAGUUCUGUAUGAAUUAGUCACUAUAUGGUGGAGAAAACGGAAGGUCGCAGAUGAAAUUCUGAGGCAGAGACUGCUGUUUGUGUAUGUAAUUUUUAACCAAUAUGUGUUUGCCUAAAAAUUCAUACAUUCUUUUUAAAAAGGCAAUGACGUAAUCACAGGUGCUCGCUGCACUUUUUAAUGGUUUGUAUGUAUUUACAGGUUCAAAGCAGUAAGGGCAUUUUUCGUGAAGCAACUGCAUAAAUUUGUUGUGUGGUUUGCAGUUUGCUCUCCCCCUGGUCUAGACACUGACAAAUGUUACAUGGUGAUAACGCUACUAAACACCCAAGUCUUGCUGUUGUGCCAGUACUAGUGGCUGUAAUACAGGAGUUUGGAAGAGCUCUGUGGGAAGUAAGUUCUAACGCUUUUCAUAUAAACAGUAGUACAAAUUCAAGAUGUGGACAUGUUUAUCAUUGAUAUUUAUUGCUAAGAGCGGAUGUACACAGAACAGACUUGAUGACUAUACCCGCAUUGUAAUCUGUACAGUUGUCCCUGAACCUUAACAGCUUUUUCAAAGGCAAUAUGAAUGUAUUUCCUGCUUGUAAUUUGAAUUUCCAGAUAUUUCUGACAUUUUUUGGACCUUCAAAUUCAUCCCAUAUCAAUUUGUUUUUGUGCUUUUGAUUUUGAUUGACUUACUACUUUUGAUGAUUAGCACAAUUAUGUUGCUUUUCCUCCUGAAAAGGGUAAUGAUAUAGAGAUUAUUUACGUCUUCUUAUUUAGCUAUUCUCGAAUGGUGUGUACCGUACCCAAGUCUUUUCCAAUCUUGUCUUUGAAAUUGUUGUAUUAUCAUAAUAUUAACUCAUGAGGUCGCUCAAAAAAAUUUGACGUAAUCCACCCACCUUACGUGAACAGCUUUUUAAAAUAUAUCAAAAUAGUAUCAGGAUGUAAGAGUUUAGCUCAUUUUGAUGUUGCUUUGUUCUAUAGAGAGAAAGGAUGUACAAUGACAAUUUUCCAUUCUCAUCCAUAGACUCCUUGAGAUGUGUCAUUUUAUUGUAUUUCCAGUGGUCUCAGAAUUUAUGAAUAAUUGCAACAGACCUAAUGGUAAAGUGUUGUGUACGAGUAGUCUCAGUCUCAAGAGUGCUCGAGUGUUGAGCAGCUAGUAGGUUUUUAUUCUCAAACCUUUACAUGCAGCAUGCAGAUGUCCAAUUUGUUCUGUAAAAUCAACAGCCAGUUAUCCUUUAGUUUUUAAAGCACAAGAAAAAUGAUUCUAUGGGAGGAGUUGGUGUCUGAUCAAAUGUUAGGAAAGGCGGUCUUGAAACACCUGUGUACUGAGAGAAUUAUUUUUGGUUUGAAAGUGUACUCAGAUUGUCUUUUGCGUUUGCUUAUCGUCAUCGGUCCCUUGAGAAUGAGUUCUGAAUGUACCUUUCGGGCGAUGAAACAUUGGAAUUUUAUUGUUUUGCUUUUACAUGCUUCAUUGCUUCGUAUUAGGAUCACCAAAGAUCUUAGCUUAAGUGUAGAGAUUCUUUUUUUACUUGAGCAUUUAUUUAAAAAAGUUAUGUGCGUUUUAUAUGGUUUUCUACUGCCCUUUUAGUUUAGAGACAGUGCUGUCUUCCUUCUAGGUCCCAUUUCUAAAGGCAGACUAUGCUAAGAUCCUCUUUGUGUUCAUUCCGUUUGCUUCAAUCCUGUUUAGGCUGAGGUUUUUUUUUGGUAACAUUUUGUUUUGGAUUCUUCGUUUUUAAUUUCAUAUUUUUUGUAGUGCUUCAGCGAUGCCACUUAUAGAGGUUAUAGAUGAUAUAAAGCUCUUUGUCUAUAGAAAUACCAUUUUCAGUUUUGAAAUAGAAUCAAGUAAGGGUGACAAAUGCAUAGUGAAAAAACAUUGUUUUAUUGUCAAGUAAGAAAGCUAACUUUUCUUUUGUCAUGGUUUGCCUUAAGUACCUUUUAUCUUGUAAACAUCCUUUUAACUUGGAAAGAAAUAGGACUGAGUAGAGACACAUGAAAGAAAUGCAAGCACUUUUUUCCAAGUCUCUAUUAAAAAUGUAGUACACUGCAUUUGAACUGGUAACAUGGUUGUGAUCAUAUUUUCCAACUGUAUGUGUCACAGUUUUAGUAAUUUGAAAGAAUAGCAAAAUUUAGUCGGUCCUAUCGAGAUGAGAGUCUUGAAAACAAAUUUUGUUCUACUUUUCUGAUUUCUACCAAGAAGUCUUUUUGUCUACAUAUGCAUAUAUGUGUGUGGGUGUGUAGAAUCAGAGGCUGAAAACGCGACAUGGGUUCUGCUGUUACUGUUGAUCUGAUCAAGUCCCCUCUUAUUUUUUUGGUUUGAGUGAUAACAUGCUUUUGCUUAUGCGUGAGUCUGAUUUGUAGUUGGAAGACAUUACACAGGCACUGCUUUUUUUAGUGUAGAAGUUUGAUAUGUGUUGUGAAAAGUAAGUUUGCACACAACAUAUGUGCAGCAAGGUUUCUCUCAACAUGUUUCCUCACAUAUUACAUUUACUUCUUCUGUCGUUCAUUUUAGAUUUUGAUUUUACACUGGUUGUGAUUGGUCAUAGGUUUAGCUUUUGUUUUAUUAUCAAAUGUUUCUCACCCAUCGAGUAUUGGUCCUCUGUCUGUUCAAGUUCAAGCACCCCGAGUAUCUUCAAAUGAUAAGGAAAAUUGCUGCAAUCACUCUUUUAGAUUGGCCAUAUGGAAGACAUUCCUUUCGGUGGUUGUGGUGUGGAAAGUGCAAUUAUUUGUGAAUGUUUUUGACAAUUAGUUUGUUACUGGUCGUUAAUGUACAUAAACAUUUAUCAUAUACAUAAAUAUAUACAUAUAUACAUACAUAUGUUUCUUUGCUUAUAUUUUUGGUAUGCAAGUUGUUCAUCAUGAAGUAUGAUGGCUUUUUGAUUUUGGAGCUGUUCUGUUAGUGCAUGAAUUCAUACUGCCCCUGUCAUCCUGUCCAGUACAAUUUUGCACACGUCAACAUUCCAGUCUUUACAUUUUACUCCUGAUAUGAGGCCUUAAAGAGAACUAUCCGUCUAGUCUGUGAGUUCUUUAUGUCACUGCAGGUCACCUCCUCUCAGGUCUAAUUUUAUAAUCACACAGCAUAGUAUCAAGGUCUUUGUAAUCUUUCUCAGACUGUUUUCUGAAGUCUCUUUCUUGUUCAGAGUCUAAUCUAAUGCAGCUACUGUGAGAAAAGCAGUGCUUGGUGACAUUGCUAUCAUUUCUCUUGACGUUGUUCUGAUUCUGGUGUUUGUUGAACAGAAAUCACUCCCAAGGUUAGAAGGAAAAGGAAGAAACAUUCUCUAAGGCCUGAUGAAAUUAUGAUUUGUAAAUAUAUGCGAAGAGAGUUUGUGUCCACACACACUCUAAUGUAGCAGUCACAAAAAAACCUGCACAUAUCACCUCAUGGCAAUUUGUCCAAGGGAAAAAACGCUUGUUUUGUUAAAUAGAUAACAAAAAUAUCAAUUUUAUAUAUGCAAAUACAGCUUUUGUAAGAUACCACAUCAUCUGCUGUUGUUGACUUCUUUACAAAAUGCUUCAUUGAUAAUGGAGAGUGGCACUAUCAGUUUCUACAUGGCAUGAUCGUACUUUCAGUGUUAACCUCUGUUAAAUGAAAUGGCUGCUAUGAAAAUGGAGACAGUUGUAAAUCUGAUGUUUUAUCAACUGACAAAAUUGGCCAUGUACUCAAUGGAUGGAAAUAUGUAAGACUUAAUUGUACUUUUUUAAAAAUAAUGUGUAACGACUUUAAUGAACUUAAAUUGAAAGAUUUGUCCCAACCUGUAUCAGAUCUCGCAUGAGGUCAUUUGCAGUGUAGUCGCUGGGUUUUGUUUUUAAAAAAGUUUAUUAGAGAAAAACUUCUUUCUGCUACAUUCUCAACUCAGCAAGCUGUUUGGAGAUUAUUGAGAGGCUAGUUUUGCUUCUUUUUUUAAAGCAUAAAUCAUUCGAGGCCUGUCUGGCUCAAACAAGUCUUCAACAUUUGUUGUUUUUUUUUCAAUUCUUCCUGAUCUAUAAAAUACAGCCCUUUUUCAUAUGACUGGUUCAAUUAUGUACAUCCAUUAUGCUAUUAAGGUAUCUCAUGGAUGGCUAAUGUCAUGAAGUUUCUGUUAUUAAUUUAGUAUUUAUUUUUCAUGAAUACAUGGAUAUUAGGAAUUGCAUUUUGUACAGCUCCAUACGCUAGACCCUGCUUUCAUUUUGGUAAUGGCAACUGGCAGUGUUGUGCUUUCUAAAUUCUUUGUCUUUCAAGAUAUAUUGUAUUAAUAGUUACGAUUAUAUCCACGCUUUUUUGAAAGUUUUGGUAACAUGAAAUAUACAGAUCUUCUGUUUUGACGUAGUCAUAUUACUAAUAAUAGCUUGCCUUACCUUGCUUGAAAAUUUAUGAUCAGUUAUGGAAGUAUGAAAAUCCUUCAUGGUAUUGUAUUACUUUUCCAUUGUAGUAUGUACAUUGUUUGCUUGGAUUUGGGUGUGGGUACAUGGCUCCAGAAUGCUUCUAGAUACUCCAGCUUCCUCCUUUUCAGUUUGGGUUUUUAAAAAAUCAUUCUUAGCUUUAUGCUUCCUUGUCAGUGCUGAUAUUAUUGAGAGUGACAAGGAAACACUUUGGAGACAAAGUGAAAUUAUAUGUUUAGUAUUUGUAAGUGCUUGAUCUUGAGUUUUUGUUUUUGUUACUCCCCCCCCCCUGCCCCCUUUUUUUUUUUUCCACCGUUUCCGACUUUACACUCUGGAAAUUUACCUACACAUCCUGUUUUUUUCGAUAAAGUAUAGGUAUGCAGACUUCUUAUCUUGGAUUCUAUUCAUUUGUCCCAGACAGAAUAUACUGAGCGUUUGGGAUUAUUUGUUUUUUCAAACUUUCCCCAGUUAGACUGAGCACUAUGAAAUGAAGAAAAAACUCCAACAGUAUGGUUUUAAUAAUCCGCAUUACAUACAGAGAUACUUUAGCAUGUUGAACUUCAAUUCAUGGAUUACUUGAAUUAAGCCACCAGUAGGAAAGCAGUGCCUGUAGAACAGCAGGUCAUGGCCUGGUGGUUUAUGUUCCUGUCUUCAUAGUCAUGCCUUGUGAGAUAAGAGUAACCUUGCCUGUAGCCACAUGAUUUUCUUCAAAAGUUGACAAUGAAGAAAAGAUACCGCUACAUCAAUUUUUAUAGUACGAAUCUCUACCAUAGUCAUGCAAUAAAAGUAGUAAUGCAGGCUUGCCGUCUUGAAGUCCCAAUUUCUUAUCUUGUGUGUGGGAAAUAGAGGUUGUGGAAAGUUGUGAAAAAAUAGAUUGUGAACAUUCUCAUUUCUCAGAAAAAUUGGUGCGUCUUGUGCAGCUGUAUGUUUCCCUUUUCUGCAUUCCCUACUUGAAAGUGAAAAUCAAUUUCUCUUUCAUUUUUACUUUCUUUCCUUCAAUCCGUUUUGUUUCCUCCUCGGCCAAUUUCUGAGACUUGUUUUUUAGUCUUUGUUUUACCAUUCCCUUUGUUUGAAACCAAAUAGUGUAAUACUUUGGUUUUGCUUUUAUCUUGAGCCAAGUAGUGUUCUUACAUGUUUUAUAUCUUUUAAAUGAUCAGUUUGUUUGUAGGGAGGGAAUCUUGUGCAUGUAUUUUGUGCUAUAGAAUAGGCUAUGAAAUAGGUCAUACAACUGUCUUGCCUUGUGUACUUCCCACGUGUGUGUCGGGCGGCAGAUGUUCUACACGCUUUAGCUUAGCGUGUUGUCGUGUUGCCCACAACCUGUAUGUUAAUCUGAUUGUUUUUUAAGGGCUAUUUUGUUGUGAUCCUUACAGAUGAAAAGCAAAUCUUGUAAAGCCUAUGCCAUUGUUUCAAAUUUCGUUGCUCCACCUUCCUGCCAUUACUUACAUGAUGCGUGUUGUUAGGUGGAAGAUUCCCUCGGUCUCCCAAGUACAUGCAUUUUGCCUUAAUGAUAAUUUUUUUUUAGUAUGCGUUUUGUAUUGUCAUUAAGUUUUUUAUGUUGUUCUUGUGUUUGGUAGGUAUUUUUAAAUGGAAUCAUAUCAUCUAUCAGCUGAUUGAAGUAAUCGAAAAGAUGUGUCCUUUUUUUUUGCUUUUCUCAACAACACAUAUGAACAUUUUAAACUUUUUUUUUAAAAAUAAAGAAUAUGUUAGUUUUAAUAUUCAUAUUAUAUGCACUGUGCUUUGUUCCCAAGGCAAACUAGGUUCCACAGAACUGAUUAUUUAAAGUGGCUUUUUAAUUUUUUAAAAUUUGUAUUAUGUAUAGUAGAACAGCAUCACUGUGAAGAGAAAAUGCUUUAUAUUCAUAGAGGUUUCAGCAGGCUAGUUUUAGUUACCAUUUUGGCUUCCCUCUCUCUCUCCUUCUAGUCUUAGUCUCUCUCUUGUGCGAGACCUGUUGUAGUCAAAGCUGGCUGUCCUGAGCAACUGCACUCACCUAUGUUCUCUUCUCGACAUGCAUGCUGUUGCACACUCUGUACUCGGGUGUGGGGUGGUUUUUUUGUGUUUUUUUCAAACAAAUUUUCAUUAGACUCACCUGUCAACUUGUUUGUUCCUAUAAAUCCUACAGCUCCACUCAACUCAUGCUGCUUGUCACUGGCUGUUUUUCUCUGUUUUUUCCCCUUUGUUUGUCAAAUUGCUGUGACCCUGUGAAGAGCGUGGAUUUCUUGGUACAGGCAGAGGGCAACUACACGUACCUCUUUAGUGAAAGAUGAAAUAGCCUGAGCUGAGAAGCUAACAGAAUUUUAGUGAUUGGUGAUCUUUCUAAAAUCUUCGGUUCUCAAUCAACAUUAGUAAAUUUUAGAUCCUUGAAAAUACACUUCAAAUAUAGAUUCGUUUUUUUUUGUGGUAAAUUUAUAUUUAAUAUUGUUUUCCUUGAAAAUAUCUUGUGAUUUUUGGCAGAAACAAGAAUGUUUAUUUUUUUUAUACUAAAAGGUAAUAUCUGUGCAAAAAUCAGUAAAGGAAUUUACGCGAGACCUCUAGAAUGUUUAUUGUUUGGUAAAAAUUAAAGAAACUGAAUUUUUUUUUCAAGCUCGGACAAACGUUUGCUUAAGUUUUAGUUUACCGCCAACAAUAUGAAUUUUAUACUUGCCUAGAUCACAUAUCCCCCCAUUCAUCUUUCUACCGUAUGAAUAAAUUGAAUAUUAUGCAUGAAAUAAAAAAGGUAACAUUUAUGACAA